AUGCACUUGGCCAAGUUCUUCUCUCAUCGCAUGGAGUCAUACAAGGAGCUCACUUGUGAGUUCCUAGCGUCGAUGAGGUACACAACCCAUCUCUCACGCACAAGCGAUGGCAAGAGGAUAGGGGAGAUAGCAACACAGGAAACUGAUGCCUUCCUUGAUCAUCUCCUCACCUACAAGACACAGCCUACAACACUCGACAUCAACAAGGAAGAGCUAAGUGUUGGAGGGCUCAUCACACCUAUCUUGUGUGCUGCUGGAGUGAACCCAACUGAUAAGAAGGCCACUGAACCAGGUUGGAUGGACAUCAAGUUUUGCAAGACCAACCUCCUCAUUGAGCACAAGGAGUUGGAUGGGAGACCCCCUGUGUACACAUUAGUUGGGCAUGAGGAUGAUUGCGAGAAGAGGAGCCUGAGCUCGAUCGAGCUGAGGAUCGAGCUGAGUCAAGCUGAGGAUCGAGCCAGGAAUGAGGAUUUGGGUGAGCCUGAGUGCUACUACUUUGAGGAGUAUGAGGCUCCAAGGAUGAACCCCUCUGUUGUGGCUGCCCACAAGAGGAUUGGACUUCUCCAAAAGUUCAACAAGUGGCAAGGGAAAGCCAUGAAAGAUGCAAAAGUCCAUGGACAAGAUGGUGAGCAAGAUCAAGAGUUUGGAGAAGAAGGUUUCUGGUUCUUCAUCAAGAAGAAGAAGGCCCAUGGCUCCCCACAUUCCCUAGGAGUAGAUCACUCCUCACCACUCCAAGGAGGCUCCCUGCCCAAGAGCCUCACAGAGCCUCUUCUUUCGAGCCAAGGGAAGGAGAGACAACACGCAGAGAAGGAGGAAGAGCUUCCAAGGCCAGACGCUCCAACUCGACCACCGGACUCGAUCGAGUCCAAACAGAGGAAACUCAACUCGAUCGAGCUGAGGGUCGAGUUGACCUGGAGGAGCCCCAGUUUGAGAACCCGGAUUCGAGUACGAUCAACGCCUUACCAGGACUUCUCCCAGACUGGAACCCCUACAGUUCGAGCAGCCAGCUCCACCAAGGCCAAGGGAGCCACACCACUUCGAUGA